UUCACCAUGUGGACUCUCUUGGUUCUUUGCAGUGUGAUCCUCUCACAAGGAGUGCAAGGUGCUACACGCUACUACUAUACAACUGCGGGAGCUGAAGGUUCCUGCAUAUACAACUGCGGCAGCUACCACGUUGGAAACUGCUCUUGCAGUUCAAGCUGUGAAUACAGAGGGACCUGUUGUUCAGACUAUAGCUAUUACUGCGGAUACUAUACCCCGACCACUCCACCCAACACACCAACUCAGCCCUCAUGUCGUUACAACUGCGGCAGGUACAUGGGAAGCUGCUCCUGCUCAAGCUCUUGCAGAUACAAUGGAAACUGUUGUUAUGACUACUACUCUCAGUGCCACUAUUCUACCACUGCCUCACCUGACGUAGCCACCACAGAUCGGCCCUCGUGUCGUUACAACUGUGGCUAUCACAUGGGAAGCUGCUCCUGCUCAAGCUCUUGUCAAUACUAUGGCAACUGUUGCCCUGACUACUACUCUUACUGUAGCUCCUCAGCGUCCACUACCAGACCCGCCAUACAAACCACCACAGAUCGGCCCUCAUGUCGUCACUACUGUGGCUAUAACUUUGGAAGCUGCUCCUGCUCAAGCUCUUGCAGAUACAAUGGAAACUGUUGUCAUGACUACUUCUCUUACUGCUACUCACCCACUGCCAUACCAACCACACCUCAGCCCUCAUGUCGCAACUACUGUGGCAGUUACAUGGGAAGCUGCUCCUGCUCAAGCUCUUGCAGAUACAAUGGAAACUGUUGUUAUGACUACUACUCUUACUGCGAUUCAAGUACAAGUGCAACCACAGCAAGCCCCUGUGGAGGCUCUAGGUUUGGCUCUGGCACUUUCUCCAGCCCAAACUACCCCAACUACUACCAAGACAACGCCUACUGUGUCUGGCAGCUCAGAGCUCCAUAUGACCAAAGAGUCUUCCUGUCAUUCACAUACCUGCAACUGGAGAACUGCUGCUCCUGUGACUACAUUGCAGUCUAUGAUGGGCCGUCUGUUAGCUCACGAUAUCUGGGGAAAGUGUGCCAAAACAACAACAACAACAGCAGCAACAGCAUUUCAGAAACGUUUUACUCCUCCUCCAACUACUUGACAGUGCUCUUCCGGACUGAUGGCUCUGUGGUUGGUCGAGGGUUUAAUGCUGACUUCCUAAGCACUCUGCCACAGAGCUCAGGUCAUGUGGACUGUUCCUCAGACAACAUGAACAUUGUGAUUCAGAAGUCUUACCUGGAGUCUCUCGGCUACGAUGGCCAAAGUCUGUACGUGAAUGACCAGUACUGCAGACCCAGAGUUUCCAGUUAUCAGGUGGUCUUCAGUUUCCCCAUUAACAGUUGUGGAACCGUUCGAAAGUUUGAAAAUGGCAGAAUCGUCUACCACAACACUGUCCGUGCCUACACCUCCAACUACGGAGAGAUCACGCGCCAGUCUCACUUCAGGAUGAAUGUGGGCUGUCGAAUGGAGCAGGACUCAGUGUCCCAGAUUAUGUACGUUGUCGAACAUCAUGACAACAGCAGCAUUACAGGCACAGGCAGGUUCAACACCAGCAUGGAUUUCUAUACAUCCAGCAGCUUCUACUAUAAGGUCACUGGAAAUCCUUACAAGGUGUUACUCAACCAGAACUUGUAUGUCCAAGUGGACCUGAGGAGGGGUGACAGCACCCUGGUUCUCUUUCUUGACACCUGUGUGGCCUCACCAUCACCCCAUGACUUCCAUAGCAGACCUUAUUACCUGGUCCGUAAUGGAUGCCCUGCGGACAACACCUACUACCACUACGUCUCUGGCACCAGACCCUAUGCCCGUUUCACAUUUAAGGCCUUCCAGUUCCUGCGAGCCACAGAGUCUGUGUACAUCCAGUGCAAGGUCCUGAUAUGCCCAGCCUCUGACCAUAAUUCCCGCUGCCGCCGUGGCUGCACCAAACGUGCGGCCAGAGACGUGGGGUCAAAACACGACAGCCAAACUCUGGUGCUGGGUCCCAUCCAACUCAAAGAGCCUGAGAAAAAGGAGGAUGGCACUAAUGAGCAGGAGAAGGCCUAACUUGACACUGCAGCGAGCUGCUUCAGUCAUCUUUACGGAUCAUUACAGCUCUCAUCAUUCUGUUCACCGUGACACUGAGUCACACUCACUAUUUCUUCUCUCUUUAUUACAUUGAUUAAAAGCAUCAUCAAAAGACA